CAAGACGGAGUGGAGUCAGAGAUAGGGAGGCUAACUCACAACCCGGAAUGAUAAGGCUGCAGUAUGGCCUGAGGAUUUGACCUCGCAGGACAACCGCUGGGACAACAUAUCUGACGGCCGCUUCGCCAGAGAGGUAAAGACAUGACUAGACCUGCACGGAGCGUCUCUAUACCGGAAGUGAACCCGCGGGGUCGUCAUGGGAAGCAAAGUCAGCUCCAAAAUGGCAGCACCCGCCGCCCGAAUUAUCCAGGCAGUUCGGCCUCACGCUCCUCUGAUCAAGUUCCCCCAAAGACAAGACAUCGCACGGCCCAAUGCCCAAGAGGCUUUGAAAACGUUAGCGGUUAACUUCUCCCCACACAGCACCGUGACGCCGCCUCCGUCAUCACGACCUCACGUACCUCUUACCCCAAUUUCUGGCACGCCAGAUUCGCUGGCCUCUAUUCAGCUGCUACCUGCAAGGUAUCGCAGGAGACCGAUGGCGGCGGAGGAAAUGGACUACAUCCAGCGUGGUGGACCAGAAUGACACGAAGCGACUCGGAUCACUGCAACCAAAGUCCUUACGUGUGUGACAGUCUGUCUUUAACUCUAUUCGUCAGCUCAACCUUUAGCCACGUGAGACGUGAUGUAGAAUAAAGUCGGUUAAAAUGUACAUAUGCUGAUUUAUUGAUUUUGAAGAUGUUAAAUCCUUACUAUAUUUUAAGUUCAUACUAAAGGGACAUCCUCAGUUUCACACGCAGCAAAGCUACAACUAUCCCCAACAGCUUUCCUGAUUUUGGUAAACCUUGGUUGACAUAACAGCUCAACUCAACAUUUUUAAUCUUAUAUAUUAUACAUAUAAUUUUAGUGCUGCACUUGCAAUGCCCCCAUGCCUAAAUGAAAGCACAAAGCUCUGCUACAUAGAAGACAACAAUGGGACGGUUAGGGUUACUUAACUGAUGCGUUUGUUCGGAGGGAUGCUGGAUAUGGAGUUGCAGUAGUAGUGAGUGGAAUGGUGAGUUCAUGUGAAAUGAUUAAAAGAACAUUGUAUUUUGAUCGUGGCGUUCUUAUCGUGCUUGAUGUAGACAACCACAGAAGAAGAGGACAAUAUGGUCUUCCAACAGAUGAGCGACAUGUUUCGGGUUCAUUUUCAGGGGUUUUAUUGCCGUUACCGUCGCUGGCAUGCUCUAUAUGGCAAACAUUAACAACAUCGACAUUUCACAACAGUGCAGUAUGACCUGUGGGGUUUUUCUUUUCUAACUGAGAUCCGGUAAGCCGUUUAGCACUCCGAUGAAUACUGACACAAGCGGCACAGGCGUGACGGAGAGGCGAGCGUACACGUCACCUGUCUGACUGGCAGAUUAUCAUUUCAAGUCUCUCACAGUUUUAUUAUCUCUCGCCAUGAAUUAAACACACAUGAGAAACACAAUUCUGCCUCAGUAAGUACAUGUCUGCCUUUUGGCAAAAAAAAAAAAAAAAA